UAUAUUUCUAAUGCGUCUGUUCCAACAUCACCGAAAAACCCUAGCUGACUAACCCUCACCUGCUCGGCUCUCCCGUGCAACGGUGCCACCAUCCACCAUCCCAGACUCGUCCGACUCAGGCCACCGGCCCCUCUCCAGAGGCCGCGGAGGUUCUAUCAAGGCAGUUCAGACUCUCUCUUUUCCCUCGUCUAUAUUUCUCAAGAACUAUCUAAACAUGGCCGAAGUUGCUGAACCCCAAAACCGGCAAGCCAGGCCUAUUCCUCCACCGCAACAACGAGGGCCUCCACCACAUGUUCGUCGUCCUGGUAUGCCGAUAGAUCGUGAGAAGACAUGCCCUCUUCUGCUCCGAGUUUUCACUAAGGUUGGUGGUCAUCAUCUUAAAGAGGAUUUUGCUGUUAGGGGCAAAGAACCUAAGGAUGAAGUCCAGAUUUAUACGUGGAAGGAUGCCACACUUAGAGAGCUCACUGAUCUGGUCAAAGAGGUUGCUCCUGCAGCUAGGAAAAGAGAUGCAAAACUUUCUUGUAUUUGUCUACCCUGCAAGAAUGGCCGGUUUUUAGUGCGUUUUGUGGGAAUGACUUAUUCUUUUGGAAAUGGGAGGCGAAUCGAUGAUGCGAAGACAUUGGAUGAACUCAGCUUUCAGAUUGGGGAUUACCUGACCGUUGCCAUUCUCUAAUGAGUGAUUCCUUGGAAGUACUUCGGGUUCUGCUUCGUCUGUGCUUUUAUUGAUCCUUUUGAGGGGAGCAGAGAACAAACUAUAUAUGCUUCUUUUGUAUGCUGAAAAGUGCUGUUGAAUGUGGUUUGUAAUUUAAAGCUUUAUUGCUGAAUGCAGUUUUCCUGUCUGUCCUGUAAAUACUCCGGAUUUUCUAUUUUAAUUUUAUAAUCUCAAUUUAGAACUUU